CGGCAGGAUGCUGUCACGCCGGGGGCGGGCCGGGGCCGGGAUGACUCAGCCGCCGGGAGCUGCCCCUUCCGCGGCCGCCGGGGGAUCGCGGGGACUGCGCGGGGCCGUGCGGGGCGGUGGAGUGUCCCAUUCUCUCGCCAAGAUGUGGACUUCCGUGGCCAUCCUGUGUGUCCUGGCGGCCUUUGCCAAUGCUCGCAGCAUUCCUUACUACCCUCCUCUCUCCACCGACUUGGUCAACCACAUAAACAAGCUCAACACCACCUGGAAGGCAGGACACAACUUCCGCAACACUGACAUGAGCUACGUGAAGAAGCUCUGUGGUACCUUCCUGGGUGGGCCCAAGCUCCCUGAGAGGGUGGGUUUUGCUGCAGACAUGGAGCUGCCCGAUAACUUUGAUGCACGCACACAGUGGCCUAACUGUCCUACCAUCAACGAGAUAAGAGACCAGGGCUCUUGUGGCUCUUGCUGGGCUUUUGGUGCUGUAGAAGCCAUUUCGGACAGGAUCUGUGUCCACACCAACGCCAAGGUGAGCGUGGAGGUCUCAGCAGAGGACUUGCUGUCGUGCUGCGGCUUCGAGUGUGGCAUGGGGUGCAAUGGUGGUUACCCCUCCGGUGCGUGGAGAUACUGGACAGAGAGAGGCCUCGUGUCUGGAGGUCUCUACGAUUCCCAUGUGGGCUGCCGUCCCUACUCCAUCCCACCCUGUGAGCACCACGUCAACGGAUCCCGGCCACCAUGCACUGGGGAAGGGGGUGAAACCCCCAGGUGCAGCCGUCACUGUGAACCCGGCUACUCACCCUCCUACAAGGAGGACAAGCACUACGGCAUCACAUCCUACGGUGUCCCUCGCAGUGAGAACGAAAUCAUGGCUGAGAUCUACAAGAACGGCCCGGUGGAAGGAGCCUUUAUUGUCUAUGAGGACUUCCUGAUGUACAAGUCUGGUGUCUACCAGCACGUGUCUGGCGAGCAGGUUGGAGGCCACGCCAUCCGGAUCCUGGGCUGGGGGGUGGAAAACGGCACUCCUUACUGGUUGGCCGCCAACUCCUGGAACACUGACUGGGGGGACAACGGCUUCUUCAAAAUCCUCAGAGGAGAGGACCACUGCGGCAUCGAGUCCGAGAUCGUGGCGGGCAUCCCCAGGCCGGAGCAGUACUGGAAGAGGGUGUAGACCUCUUCAUCAAACCACUCAUAAUCCCAAGUCCCCCCGAUGCUUUUUAACCGAUAGCGGGCUGGGUGCAGAACCCCCCCCCAUUUCUAAGAGACUAUAGUUGAGGUUACUUUAUUAAAGCUUUUUAUCUUUUUUUUUUAAUUUUUUUUUUUAAUUGUAUGGUGGAGCUGGAGGUGGAACCACUGUCUGCAAAGCCCCUCUGCUCCUGGUGGGUCACAGCUGUUCCCUGCUCAAAGGACUGCUGGGGUGGGGGGCUCGCUGGCUGGUUAUUUGGGUAGCCUGGACCCCUUCCAGCCCAGUCUCUUUACUGGGAGGGGUGGAAAGCAGUAGCUUUGUGCUGGGGUGAGGAACUUGCUGGGGGCAGUGGAGGUGGACCCUCCUAGGAAGCUGUGGCUAGGCGUGAUUUGCCCACCCCUGGUGGGGUUGGUCUGGCCUGUUGGCACCUAAAACGGGCAGGGUAUGUUAGUGUGUGCCUUUAAUUGGUUAAAUUUAGACCUGUUAAUGAUAAAAUACUGACAAACUUGAUGUGGGGCUGGCUCUGGCCGGAGCUGCGUGGAGGCCCCUCCUGCCUGCAACAAGUCCUUUGUGCAUCGCUUGCUCCGCUCCAUCCCUUGGGCUGCUGUUUUAAACCACUCCUUCCUCAGCUUUUUUUUAUUUGUUUUUAGGGUUUGGUUGGUUUUUUUGGGGUUGUUUUUUUCUGCUGUAGUCUGGGGUUAUUGGUUUUUAGGGGAAGGGCCUGGCCAGAGCUUCAUGAGCUUUUGAUCAAAAUGGCCUCCAAGCAUCUAGGAGCACGUUAGGAAGAGCAGACCACUGGUGGCCAGGCAGCUUGGUGGGUCAUGUCUUGGCCAGGGUGCUGUGCCCAAAGCUGGUGUGAUGCUGAGCAGAGACCCAGGGAUGUUCCCUGGGGCUGCUGCCUCCCAGGAACCCACACAGAUGCUUGGAGGUAUCUCGCUAACUUGCACACAACUGAAACGUUCAGGGUGGUUUUUUUUCUGAGCCACAGGCAUUAAGGAAAAAGAAAGAAAACCUUAUUUUUGUUACUGGGGGGGAGGUGUAAUAGCUGUGUAGGAGGAAUCAUGUGAUUUGCCAACACUAAUAUAGUGAAAGAGCUUCUCUUUUUCUUUCUUUUUUAAUUUUUAAAGCACAAAGUCUAUUGCUGAGCAGAGGCUACAGGCCUGAACCGUGUGAAGCAGGCCCUCCCUUGCACUGUACAAUAACCCCUUACCUCUGCCCCCUGGGACACUGGUGGGACAGAGCUGUGGUGUGUAUGGUUGGAACAUCUGUGCCAAUAAAUGAUUUCUCCUCUGCCU